UUAUCAUCACUAUGGAUGUUAGGCUACACUCUCUAGCUUGCCUACUCCAAUCCUGCAACACCCGCCACUCCGUUCACAAAGGGAGACAGCUCCACCUCCUCUUCCUCAAAAAGGGUAUCCUAAACUCCACUCUUUCAAUAGCCAAUCGUCUUCUCCAAGUGUACAUGCGUUGUGGCCACACAAGCGACGCGAUCCUUUUGUUCGAUGAAAUGUCCCAACGAAACUCUUUCUCUUGGAACACAAUGAUCGAAGGCUUCAUGAACUCCGGACACAAACAAAAAUCAAUAGAAUUCUUUAAUUUAAUGCCGCACAAGAACGAUUUUUCGUGGACUCUGGUUAUUUCGGGGUUUGCGAAAUCCGGUGAACUAGAUACCGCAAGGCGUUUGUUAAAUGACAUGCCGAGGACAAAUGGGGUAGCUUGGAAUUCGAUGAUUCAUGGUUAUUUGAAAAAUGGUCGUGCACGAGAUGCUGUUAAGAUGUUUAAGGAUAUGGAUUCAGAAACAUUUGGGAGAUUACGUGGUGAUACAUUUGUUUUAGCCACGGUGAUUGGGGCUUGUGCUGAUUUGGCUGCUCUACUGUGUGGAAAGCAAAUUCAUUCACGUAUUGUGAUUGAUGGUUUGGAGUUUGACUCGGUGUUGGGGAGUUCGCUGGUUAAUUUAUAUGGAAAAUGUGGUGAUUUGGAUAGUGCCAAUCAUGUUUUGAAUAUGAUGAAGGAACCAGAUGAUUUCUCGUUAUCAGCAUUGGUUUCGGGAUAUGCUAAAUGUGGUAGAAUGAAUGAUGCAAGAAGGAUUUUUGAUCGGAAAAGUGAUCCGUGUGUUGUGUUAUGGAAUUCAAUGAUAUCGGGUUAUGUUUCUAAUAAUGAGGACAGGGAAGCUUUAGUUCUCUUUCUUAAGAUGCGACAAAAUGGAGUUCAGGAAGACUCCUCGACAUUUACUAGUGUUUUGAGUGCCUGUAGUGCUUUAGGAGUACUCGAACAUGGUAAACAAAUUCAUAGUCACGCUUGUAAAUUUGGAGUAAUUGAUGAUGUCGUUGUAGCUAGUUCUCUGCUUGACACAUAUUCCAAGUGUGGUAGACCCAAUGAUGCUUGCAAAUUAUUUAGUGAACUCAAAGUCUUUGAUACGAUUUUGCUUAAUACCAUGAUCACAAUUUAUUCCAGUUGUGGAAGAAUUGAGGAAGCAAAACAGAUCUUUAAGAUGAUGCCAAAUAAAAGCUUGAUAUCAUGGAAUUCAAUGAUUGUGGGUCUUAGUCAAAAUGGUUGUCCAAUUGAAGCAUUAAAUCUUUUUUGCGAGAUGAAUAAACUGAACUUGAGGAUGGACAAGUUUAGUCUGGCUAGUGUGAUCAGUGCUGCUGCUAGUAUUUCUUCACUUGAACUUGGUGAACAGGUUUUUGCUAGAGUUACUGUCAUUGGACUUGAAUCCGAUCAGAUCAUUUCUACUUCCCUUGUUGAUUUCUAUUGCAAGUGUGGUUUUGUUGAAAUUGGACGAAAAUUAUUCAAUGAAAUGGUGAAAUUUGAUGAGAUCUCUUGGAAUUCAAUGUUGAUGGGUUAUGCUACAAAUGGUCAAGGAUAUGAAGCCCUAGCCUUGUUCAAUGAAAUGAGAAAUGCUGGUAUAAGACCCACUGGUAUUACGUUUACUGGGGUUCUGUCUGCCUGUGAUCAUUGUGGACUGGUUGAAGAUGGAAGGAAAUGGUUUAAUGCAAUGAAAUGGGACUAUCAUAUUGAUCCGGAGAUUGAGCACUAUUCUUGCAUGGUUGAUCUUUUUGCACGUGCUGGUUGCCUUGAGGAAGCAGUGAAACUAAUAGAACAGAUGCCCUUUGAGGCAGAUGCAAGCAUGUGGUCAUCAGUCUUAAGAGGUUGUGUGGCCCAUGGAGAUACGAAUCUCGGGAAGAAGGUGGCAGAACAUAUCAUUGAACUUGAUCCCGAGAAUUCAGGUGCUUAUGUACAGCUUUCAAGCAUAUUUGCCACCUCUGGGGAGUGGGAAAAAUCAUCUCUAGUCAGAAAGGUAAUGAGGCAGAGGCAAGUGAAAAAGAAUCCUGGUUACAGCUGGGCUGAUGGUUGAA